AUGGAUAUUGACGAUGACGAUCCGCAUGGUAACUACAGUGAUGGCAACCGCGCAUUUCUCCAGGCAUUCAUGGCUCGUGGGCAGCUGUCUUUCCAGGAAAGCAAGAAAAUCCUCGCAGCUAUCUUCAGCGUUCAAGAAGAUAAGGAGGUCUCUGCCGAUGAAGUGACACAAGAAGAUUUCGACUCCUACAUCUCUGCCGCAGCCGAUGCACUCUCGCCUUUAGACUAUGAAAUCCGCAACUCGCAGCAUCAAGUCACCAAAGAGCGGAUAUAUGCCAUAGUUAAUAGUAUCAGCGACCCACUGACGCAGUUGGCGACAGUAAGGACGACGGAAGAGAUGCUAUAUAUCAAACGACUUCUCGAUGCUAUGUUCGAGACCUACAACACAAGGCGACGGGAGGUGAUGGCAAUUACCAGCAUCCAAGCCCUAGAGAAGAAACUUCUUAGGGGAGCGAACCGUGCCGACGAGGGCGAAAGCGUAACUGCUGUUGAUAAAGGCUUAACAGGAGCAGAGGCCGAGAGAUUAUUGCUGAAACUCGAGGAGGAGAAGUGGCUUGAGAGGAGUCCGCAGGGCUUCUACAGGCUUUCUCCCAGGGCACUGAUGGAACUACGAAGCUGGCUGGUCGACGCAUAUAACGAUUCGGACGACCCUGACGAGUGGCAAAGAAUUAAGUUCUGCGAAGCUUGCAAGGAGAUUGCCACGGUUGGUCAGAGGUGUUCGAACAUGGAGUGCAACGUUCGGCUUCAUAAUAUCUGCGAGGUUGCGUACUGGAAUUCCAGGCAGAGUAAGCACUGCCCUAAAUGCGAGACCGAAUGGGAUGGCGAGCAUUAUGUUGGGCAACAGGCAGUUACGACUACAGAGGAAUACCUGAGGGGGAAGAGGAGGAGCGGAGGUGGGAAGCGAGCUCGAGCGGACGAUGCAGUGGAGGAGGAGGAGGAGGAGUGA